UAAUAAUACAAGCGUAGUCAAGUUUUAUUAGAUACACUCAUCUACCGCUACUUGCCAAUCGAAGUGAAUGUAAAGGAAAUUGUAUAUCUCUCUGAUAACAUAACGUUAAAAUACAACUAUUAUACAGGACAAUGUAUGUUUUUGCUGUCUUGUUUACUUUCCUCUCCUACUUUGGAGCCGGUAUUUCAGUUACUAGCACAGGGUCGUAUGUUGUUUUUCCACAACAUGUUUUACUGGGCUGGAGUCAGGAGUUAGAGAACAUUAAUCGUAUCCAAUGUUUGUUAGCUUGCUCGAGAAAAAUUUACUGUUUUUCGGUGAAUUACAAUCGCCAGAAUAGUAUUUGUCUGAUAAACAAGCAAAUACGGGAGGAUGCAACCGCUGGAAAUUUCUUAGUAAACAUCUUAUAUGAUUACAUGGAAAAGGUCAUCGACGGUAAUUUAAAGAAACAUGGUGUAUACUUCAAGGCAGUCAAUGAUGACUAUGAAGAUGCCGCGGAAUUUUGCAGUAAUCAUUUAGGCUCCAUUGCUUUUUACGAGCAGCUAUACAACGCAUUUAAACCGACUCUGAACAACUGCACAGAGGGCUGGCUUAUCAGUGGAGAGAUUGCAUUUACAGAACUAACAGAUAAAUGCACAUUAAAACCACCAGAAGAGGUAGCAAUGUGUUUCCUUGUAAAACAUAUCAGAGUGGGGUUUAUUGUCACAGAGAUUAUAACCCAUUGGCAGAUACAUUCGACUAUUUACCCAAAAUCCAACGGAUCCUUCGACUGACAGAUAGUAACUCAAAAAUGUUGAAUGCAGAAGAUGCUAAGACAUGUUGCAGUACUAAAUUCAAUGGUCAUCUUGCAACACCUCUUGAGGUUUAUAAUAACUCUCUGUCACUAGGAGUUAACCUUUGCGUAAAAGGAUGGCUCUCAAAGAUGCU